AUGUUAGGUCACCAUCCACCUCCACUCCCUCCACCUCCAACCCCACCUCCACAUCCACCUUCCCCUCCACCUUCGCCUCCACCUCCACCCCCACCUCCAUGUCCAGCUUCCCCUCCACCUCCACCUCCACCUCCACCUCCACCUCCACCUACUGUUGAGCAGUUGAGGGAAAACAUGAGGAGGAAUGUUUUUGCCCUCAUCAAGGAUAUUCAUACCAUUAGACAUGACCCUCAUCCUCCUCCCCAAAUUCAAGUGCAAGCCAACAAGGUUGCACUUGAGAUGGCCCACUUGCAAGUGUUUUUGGAUCAUUGGGGAAAUGCCCCUUAUAUGGUGGCACAGAUUCCUCACCAUCAGUCUGGCGGUGGUAGCAAAUUCAUUCAGUUUCGCUUAGAUUCUCCACCCAAUGGUGGCUCUGCCUCCGGGUGGGGCAUGGGGGGUGCUAAUUUUUCUGCUGCUGGUGGUUCUAGCUGGCCGGAUAUUGGUGGUGAUAAUACCUGGCCCAAUUCUUCCAAAGGGUUCUUACAGCUUUCCCUAGCUAUCUCCCUAGCUAGGAAGGAGAAGGAGAAUAAAGAGACAACUACUGAAGAAGGGUGGUCCCUCCUAGAUGACAACCCUAACCCCACUUCAAUGUAUGGGGUCCCAAGGAAGACUGUGAUCCCCCUCCGUCUUUCGACUGCCACUACCUUAUCCACUUAG